UGCUGGUGGGGCGGGAGCGGCGGGUUGCAGCGAAGAGGGCGUGCUUCUGCCGCCUGCCCGCCCGCCGCCGGCGGUGCUCGGCCGGGCGUCUGCGCCUCGGGGCGGAGACGCUCGCGACCCCUGGUCUCCACCAGGUACCUCCCGCGUUCGUUAGCGCUCCGCGUCCCGGAACUCGCGGUCCCACGGAAGCGCCCCGGGGGCCGAGCUGUCUGGGCGCCAGGAGGCCUGCAUGCUGCUCCCCGCACGACCGCUCCACCUGGGCGGAGGCCUGUCUCGGGCCUGGGCGUGGGCCGGCGGCGGUUCUGGACUCACCCUGGAGGGUCCAGUUUCCGAGUCUGCGCUCCCGAGGGCGAGGCGGGGAAAGAGCUAGCUAGCUUCCCACGGGGGCUGACCGGCUGAUUGAUGCCAAGAUCUCAGGACCACAAACCAGAGGCUUCACCCAGAGAGGUGUAGGAGCCACCUUGAAGUUGCACAGCAAAGCGGAGUCUCCUGGCUAUUAGCCAGUGAGGACUGAGCUGCCUUAUAUUACCAGCCCUCUUUGAGGCCUGUGAAGUAAGAGGACCAAGAACACGGUCGUUAUGGUAUAUGCUGUUUGUAACAAUUACUUCAUUUUUCAGUGUGCACAGCCCCUGCCUUAGGGCCUGCCAGCUGAAGUUGGGCAGAGAAGACUGUUUCAAAGUGUUUCCUGAGCUCCACGUAUGUCAGGAACUUGGGGACACCAAGACAGUCCUUCCCUCGAGAAUCUUACCUUGAAAGGAAACCGGCCUGUGUGGGACCAGCCACACGGGGAGUGACAAGUGCCCUGGUGGAGGAAGCACUGGUGUGGAGCCACAGAACCCCACACUGGCCCCAAGCCCGCAGCUGUCAGGCCCAGUAGCCUCCUCCAAGUGGAGUCAACGUAGAGCCAGGGUGACUUCACAUCCUGCUUUGGGCAGCUCAGCCCACCAGGUGGGACACGAGCGGAGAGUGCCCUUUUGUGAUGCUUCUUGGUUUAACCUGUUCUCCGCUAAAGCUAGAUCCUAACCACAGUUGAGCAGGGACCAGGUGCAGUGGCUGGGGCCUGUAAUUAGAGCUGUUCUGGAGGCUGAGGGAGGAGGAUCACAAGUUGAGGCUGGGCAACUCAAAAAAUGAAAACCCUGUGUUCCCUGGGUUCAACCCCCAGUACUAGUAGGUAGGGAGAGUGGCUGUGUGAGCCUUUGCCCUAGGUGACAGAGCACCCCUGUCCUCAGUACAGAUGCCGCCUUAUUCCUGCAGCCUCCCCCAUCCGCCGGUGUCCUUUUUCACCUUCAGAUCUGCCUCCCACUUGCCACUGAGAACUAUCUCUUCUCAGAAGUCAUCUCCAGGUAGUGGCCUCGGAAAAUGAUGUUGGCGAGCAAGAGAACAGCUGCCAUUUUCCUGGAGCAGAGCUUCAGCUGCACACGCAGGACGUGGCAAGCCACCCCUGCAGGACUAGAGUUAAGAGAAGGAUCAGGAAACCCAUGACCUCAAGCCCUCGGCCCUCCUUGGCUUCCAGAGUGCUUCCUGACUCCCAGGAUCGGUGAUGGAAAAGCCUGCAAGCAGGAAGAAGACAACUCAGGCCCCAAAAGAGGAAGCAGUUGUACAAGAGGCCACUCUCAAAGAAGAGAAAGCAUCAAGUGCGAAAAGGCCAAACAGGAGACGUGCACGGGCCAGAAAACAUCGCAGAGAGCCAACUCUGAGCCCUGAGGAUGAGGCACAUCUUUUUGAUGCCUUCGAUGCCUCAUUUAAAGAUGACUUUGAGGGGGUCCCUGUGUUUGUUCCCUUUCAGAGGAAGAAACCCUUUGAGUGCAGUGAAUGUGGACGAAUAUUUAAGCACAAGACAGAUCACGUUCGCCAUCAGAGAGUUCACACGGGAGAAAAGCCCUUUAAGUGCGAUGAGUGUGGGAAGACGUUUCGGCACAGUUCUGAUGUCACUAAACACCAGAGAAUCCACACUGGUGAGAAACCCUUUAAAUGUGGGGAGUGCGGGAAGGCCUUUAACUGCGGCUCCAACCUCCUGAAACACCAGAAAACACACACAGGCGAGAAGCCCUAUGAGUGUGAGGAGUGUGGAAAAGCCUUCGCCUAUAGCUCCUGUCUCAUCCGCCACCGGAAGCGCCACCCGAGGAAGAAGCACUAAGCAGUCAGCGGCCUUUGGCGCUCUGAGUUUGUGCCGAUGCACCAUGGCUUCUCUCAUUCACGGAAGCCGCGGGGGUCAGGUACAAUGUACCAGGUGUGCCUGUGGCUGCCUGGUUCUGUCAUCACCAGGAAAAUCCCCCUGCGAGACGUGAGCAACUGACCCAGCCCGGGAAAUCUCUGUACCAAGACACAGUAUAGAUAACACUGUAGCUACUCAUUUUCUAAGAUACUUCAUGCCACUCGGGCUCAGCACCAGAGACACACAGCACAAGCCUUGAAACAGAGCAACACCCAGCAGGAGCAGCACCUAUUGCUGGUGAGGGCCCAGUGUCUUCUGCAUCAGUCCUUCCACCAGCACAUCUGCAGACUCCAGUCUAUGACACUCGGCUCCCUGGGUCUCUGAGCCCAGCCCCCUGCAGCUGAGAAGGCACUGAGGACCUCAAGCUGGAUCACAGCGCUCUGGCCAGCUCAGUGGACCCGAGUACCCACUGGGUGGCACCAGCUCUCACUUGUCCUUACAUAGCUGGCUUCUGUCCUUGGGCUGGAUCACCAUUCCCUGAGUUCAGGCCUUGUCCCCAGAACUGGGCCAUAUUGUGUGCCCUCCUGUCCUGGCUGUCAUCUCAAACGGACAGCCUGACUCUCCUGGAUGGUCUCAUCAGAAAUAGGCCCUGUAUGCCCUUGAACACUGCCACCAUGGGAGAUUCCUUCCCCAGACAUGCAGUGGGGCCCAGUUGUCAUCAACAGCACCAUUGUCAGCUUUGAUUCACUUGAGCUAAAGACAUAACAGUGGCCCUGCCCACCGGUGGCCCUCCACUCAGCUCUGCCUGCGAAGUACACCUUUCCUCCCUGACCACACAUUGGCCAGUGGCCCAAGGAGCCCCUUGUGGCUGAUAGGAGCCUGAAGCAUUGCCAGUGGCUGUCUUGUGAAGAGGCAUUCAGAUCCCUGCUCCCUUGAGCCCAUUUUCCAGUUAGGACCAAUAGGACAAGCCCAAGACAUGGAAUGCCAUAAUGCUAAAUACCUGCCCCAUACUGGGCUGCACAGACACCUGCAGCAGUGCACAGACCGCGGGUGGCUCCGUGGCCCUCCAGCACCUGACUGCUAGAGUGGAUCACCCCAACCAGAAGCUCUGGCAGGACGUACAUACAAAGGAACCUUGAAAGCAGUGGGAAAAAACCUCCGUGAUCCUGUGUUCAAGGAAGGAGCAGAGAGGAUCACUGUCCACGUGCAGUUCCUCAGGCAGAAGAUGCAGCAAAGAGGCUGCUGGGGCCUUGCACCCCUAACGGCUGUCAUUGUGGGGUCAGCUUGGUGGCAGGACAGAGUGAGUGCAGGGAGGUCCUUCAAACACAGUGGGACAGCUGCAGGGCCCUUUCUCUGGUUCCCAAACCAACUGUUCUAAGUGACCGGCAGUCCUCACUAUCAGCCAGUGCCACUGGAGAUCCCCAGCACUAGCUUCUGACUUCAGUGAGGCCACCAUGCAGAGGUGGUUAAGAAACCCACUCAAUGUUCACAACCUUCUGGAUAUCUAAGAUGUGUCCAAGGGCAAACCUAAGACCCCCUCAACCAAGCAUCAGAGUUCUUGUUGCAGGAAAAUGUUAAACCAAAGCUGGAACCUUCCUAUGAGUCUGAGGCAUCCACAGAGGCCAGGACCUCUCACCUGGGCAACACAUGUCCAACUGCAUGUCCAGCAGGCACUGUCUCCCAGGGCCUCAUCCUACAAGAAGAGCACUGGCCAGCGGGGCUGCAACCGGGCAUCACUUGCAGAGCAUCUCUGCCAGAGAUCAGACGUUGAGUGUCCCUCAAACAAGUGCUUUGUGAUCCUCACUUGCAUGUGUCCCUGAGCCCUCAUCCCAGUUGGGCAAGAAGGCAGAAACCAUCUGUGGGGAGAAGCAGGAGGUGAGCAUGUUGGAGAGGGGCGCUCUGCCCCACAGGACAAACAUCUCAGGGACACAAACCUAGCUCCACAGGGGCAGGGCCUUUGUCUGCCCUCUGAGUCCUCUUCUGUGCAGAGAGGGACAGGGCUCACCAGUGGCUUAGACAUGGCCAGGCUGGGUCCAUCAUUUCCUGGCCAGCUGUGACCCCAGGAAUGACCUGAGCUUCAUUUCUAAUGACCUCACCAGUCCCUCCCAAUUUGGGCACCAAGACAUAAUGUUCCUUUUCGGUGAGAUUGAGCUGAGACAUCAAGACACACUACAGAGGCAGACAGGCCUGGAGGAGGGAGGGGCCUCCUGGCCCAAGGUGCACAUGGUGCGUGGCUCCUGGGGAGACUCAACAGAGGAUGGUGUAGACUUCAGAGGUAGUGUGGACAAGGAACUGGGCCCUGUGCCAUAGGUCAGCUGUAGGCUGGGAUACUGCUCUGAGCAUCAGUCUGAGCCUUCUAGAACCUGGUGCCUCAAGAGCUUGUUUGCUCUUGCCUGAUUUCCUCACUCACCAGCUGCAUGGUCAGUGCACCGAGGACAAGCAGAUUUUCACCUUAACCACACCUUGCUGUAGUGACAUCCAGGUUGGCAACGUUGCACUGCACCUCCAGGGAAGGAGCUCUGGGGCCUGCAGAGGGUUCCUGGUGCCUGUGGGCCCAGGCACCUGUCCAUGCCCCGCCUCAACCCUGUCAAGAUGGGUGGUGUCUCUGUCCUCUGCUUCCUGAGGUUCUAGCUCCUGAUCCAGCUGAAGCCUUGGCUGUCCUUACAUCAUGUCAUUGGACAUGUGUCCUGCCCUUAUGAACUGCAGUGACUGAUGCAUUGUGAACAACCUUUGACAGCCAUGGUUAUGGUCUCUUGUAUGGUGCCAGAUACUUCCCUAGUGUGAUGUUUCCCAUUUACAUUGUCCAGAAAUUUAACUUUCCAGUUGGCCAAAGUUGUUACACUUUUACUUACAUAGAAUACCUUUAGCCCUUUGUAGCCUCAACACUGGGACAGUCCAUUUGUCUUUGGCAUUGGUGCCACUCUGUGUGUGGUUCCCUUAUCCUGUGGAUUGCUGUGCAGAUCUCCACACUGCCUGAAGUGACUCACAGCACUCAUUUUUCCUGCUGCUUAUGGAUGUCUAUUUUCUCAGAGUAAAAUUCUAUUUCUGACCCA